AUAUGAAUCAUUGAUUUCCGUUAAAAGUCGCUCUUGAGUACGAUAAUACUCAUGACAGAUAUUUUUGGCAGAAUCCAGAUUGGAACAUGUUGCAGGAGCCUUCAGAAAUUUUGUUCGAUUCAUUCUCAAGCAAUCCUGUUCGAGACACCGUCCACGAUUUACUUUCCUUCGACAUGGUUGACUUCUCCACGCCACCAACAGAAGGAAAUCACAACAAGACAAAGCAAUUGGUGGUGAAGUCUGAAGUGCAGAAUAAGGAAAGGUCAUACAUAGGUGUGAGGAAAAGGCCUUGGGGAAAAUUUGCAGCAGAGAUCAGAGACACAACGAGGAAUGGCACUAGGGUUUGGCUUGGAACCUUUGAGAGUGCAGAGGCUGCUGCAUUGGCUUAUGAUCAAGCUGCAUUUUCCAUGAGAGGCCACGAUGCUGUGCUCAAUUUUCCGGUCAAAAGGGUCAAAGAGUCUUUGCUAGAGAUUCAAUAUGGUUGCAGCAAAGGGUGUUCACCAGCUCUUGCUAUCAAGGAGAGGCACUACAUCAGACGAAAAUUGUCAUCAAAAGCUAGAAAGUGUAGAGAGAAUAAACAGGAAUCAGAGGCACCAACACCAAGUGUGGUUGUGUUAGAGGACUUGGGAGUUGAAUAUCUAGAGCAACUUCUAAGCAUAUCGGAUCAAAGUGUAAGCUUAUAAUCUACCUUGAAUAAGGGUUUAUUUGGAUGAGUAAAUUUAUGAAAUAUUUGUUCUAGCUAUAAGCUUAUUACAUGAGAGCUAUUAUCAGAGGCUUGACUAUUAAGCUUGCUGAAAUAAGUUUUAAAAAAAUAUAUUUUAUUGAUAAA